AUGAAUACCACCGCACGAUAUUUAAUUGCCGUUUUUUUCUUCAUUAUAUCCAUCCACUAUAUCUUCAGCUUCACUCACGAAUCCUAUGGCCGUGCCACCUCACUAUCUAACCUGAAAAAUAAACUUAUUCCAGGCUCGAGCUCGACGCCUGCCUCGGACACACUUGAAAACAUUCCUUCAGAGCCGUACGGCGGCCAUACUAACGAAACCCUCGCCAUUGACUACCAUGCGAACGCCACGUUUGUUAUUCUUGCACGGAACAACGACCUGAACGGGGCAGUACGCAGUAUUAGGGAGAUCGAGGACAGAUUCAACAGGCGCUAUCGAUACCCUUACGUGUUUUUGAACGAGGAGCCGUUCACAGCAGAAUUCAAGAGUCGUAUUUCCGUGCUCACAUCUUCCAAAGUCGAGUUCGGUGUCAUUCCCAAGGAGCAUUGGUAUCAGCCCGACUCCAUCGACGAAGAGAAAGCGAAAGCCAGCCGUGACAAGAUGGUAGAACAGAACAUCAUCUACGGAGGCAGUGUAUCAUACCGAAACAUGUGUCGGUUUAAUUCUGGAUUCUUUUUCAAACACCCUUUGAUGCUCAAGUACCGCUGGUACUGGCGUAUUGAACCCGAUGUUCACUUCCACUGCGACAUUCUCUACGAUCCUUUCGUCUUCAUGGAAAAGCAAAAGAAAGUUUAUUCUUUCACGAUCACGAUGUAUGAAUACCAAGCCACAAUCCCCACACUUUGGGGCCAUGUCAUGGACUUUGUGAAACUCCACCCAGAAUAUGUGGCCAAAGAUAACUCACUCGGCUUCAUGUCGACAGACAACGGCGCCAGCUACAAUCUCUGCCAUUUCUGGAGUAACUUUGAAAUCGCCGACAUGGAAUUCUGGCGAGGGCCUGCGUACACCGCCUUCUUCGAGUACCUCGACAAACAGGGCGGGUUCUACUACGAGCGCUGGGGCGACGCACCUGUACACUCCAUCGCCGCCGCGCUCUUCGCCUCGCGCGACCAGAUCCACUUCUUCGAUGAUAUCGGGUACGAGCACAACCCAUACACCCAUUGCCCUAAAGGCAAAGGCGCCUGGCAGAAAGGGAGAUGCUCAUGUGACCCUUUGAAGAGCUUCGACUAUGAUGGAUACUCGUGCAUGAGCAAGUGGGAUCGAUUUAUUGAAUCGUAG